AUGGCUCCCGGAACCCGACACGCUCGCCGCGGCGGAUAUGCCGAGCACGACGACUUUGAAGGCCUCCCUGUGCGACAAUGGCGCCAGGAAUGGGUGGCGGUGGCCCCGCCGCCGCCGCAGGAGCAGCAACAGUCAAACGACGUCUGGUCAGUUGAGUUGCUGCACGGCAUGCCCAAAGACUCGAACCUCCUGCCAGCCCACAGCCUCGAGCUGCUGCGUGCUGCUCGCUCCGGCCGCCUCUACAAGCGACCUCCGCCGAAUGAUGACGACGACGUUGAUGUUGAUGCCGCCCUAGCCGAGAAGCCGGAAAAGAGAGAGGAUGAAGAACCGGAGACGCAAGGCUUUUCCAUUCGUCCGUGGAAGCAGGUACCCAGGAGCGUCGAGGCCUCGACCGUGUCGUACCUCGCCAAGCGCCGGCCUGGCACCGUCACCAUCGCAAGCAGAACCGUCGACGACAAAGCGGCUGAGCCGACAGUUACGCGGGCGACGGUUCGCCGCCUCGACGCCGCCGGAAACGCAUACACGGAGGAGAUCACCCUUGCCCACGGCCAGCAGGUACAGGGCGAGAUUGUGGCGACACGUGUCGUCGCCAUCAACGCAGAUGUGCCGCCGGCACCGGCACCGCCUAGGAGGAGGCCGCCGCCGCCGAAGCGGAAGCCCAAGGCAGGACCAGGCCGUGGCCGGAAGAAGAUGAAGAUUCUGAACGCGCCUAAGCCCGAGGAGCGGGAGCGGGAGCCUGUAGGUGCACCCCGUCAUGAACAGGCAAAGGUGCGUGCUAAGACGGCACAGGGCAUCCAAACCCCCCAGGAUAGCGAGAUGGCGGAUGGCGACGACGACGACGACGACGACGGUGACGAAGACGAUGAGGGUGCGGCUGAGCAGGAGCAGGAUCAGGAAAUGCCUGAUGCGGACCUCCUUGCGCCGCCUGCUCCUUCUGCAGGAGUUGGUUCGCCGCGGCCAGAGGGCAGUCCGCUGAAACACGUCACACUGCCUCCAGCGGAACCCUCACACACAGCCACGAACGGGGAGCUAGGCAUGGAUUCCUUACCAGAUGCUCAACCUGGACCACCAGCAGCUGAGUUGCCAUCGGAGCCGAUGUUGCCUGCGCCGGCAUCGCUUGAGCCCACGCCUGCCCAGUCGAUGUUGCCCGAGCCUGAGUCCCAUGCGCCUGGCUCCAGUGUGCCUGACCCUACACCAUCGGAGUCAUCGCGGCCGGAGCCUACAUCUCCCAGGUCUAGCCUGCCCGAGACUGCUGUGCCCGAGACUGAGGUACCCGAGGCUACGGUUCCCGAGAGAACACCACCCGGGUCCGAGGUGCCUGAGCCUGUGGUGCUCGAGAAGCCUGCGGUGACUGGGCCUACGGUGCCUGAAUCGCAGGCCGAGAUGACAGAUUCCAUAAUGACGGAGCCAACUUCAGCCGUUGUGAGCGAUGAGCCCCAGGAAGCUAUGGAGCGAGAAGUAUCAACAGCGCCGAAAGAGCCGUCAGAAGAGCCGGUUCAGAUGACGGAAGAUAAAUCACCGAGCCUGCCCCCCCCUCCCCCAGAUCAAGUGGGUAAUAUAAAAUCACCUAGGGCAGACACAGAAUCGCUGCAGCCACUCCUGAGCCAGUUGGACUCUGCCAGGACAGACGACAGCCUUCGACCCGACGACUCUGCCUCGAUGCAGCUUCCGCCCGAAUCCGCUCCCUCGGACGGUUCCGUGGCGAAGGAGUCGUCUCUCAAGCUGUCCCCCAAACUGUCCCCAAUUCCGUCCCCUCGGUCGUCCCCUCAGUCGUCGUCAUCCCGGCCAAAAGAGAGUCCUUUGCAGGACAAUUCGCCGCCAAGAGGAGGAGAGUCCCCGCGUCGGGAGUCUCCCGCUUCGCAGAAUGCUCUGGCCGUGGAGAAACCCCUUCACCCUGAAAACGAUUCCCCACAGGUAGACGAGUUACGACCCAGCCAUUUGUCUGUGACAGCCGAUGCCUCACCAGGAGCCGAUCUGCUAGACGGCUUGCUAGGAGAGUUGGGACGCCAGGCAUCGGAUGGCAAAUGUUUGGGGCCGGAAUCGGUUACAAAAUUAGAAGCCACGACGCCGGAGAAAAUGGAUGUGCUGUUGGAAACCAAGGACAUGGAGCUAUCGGAAGCUGCAGGGGAUGAUUCCGAGGCGGUGGCAGUUGCCGCGCCUGAAUCAGAGGCCCCCAAGGUCGCAGAAUCCACCGAUGCCACUCAGGCCGUGGAGGUUCAAGAGGUCACAGAGGGUCAAGUGACCCCAGAGGCACCCGAGGUCUCAGAAGCCGCAUGA